GUCCAUCCCAAUUUCUUCUCACGUUUUCCCGUGCUUUCUCUCUGAUCUGCCUGUGCUGUUUUUGAAGAAAUUCUAGACUCUCCCUGCUGUUGCAUUGCCUUCUUUCUCUGUUGUUCUAUCUUCAAUUCCUACAUCUAAGCUGCUAGCGUCUUUUCUUCGGAUAUUGUUGUCGUGCCCUCGAUCCAUCGAAGAUUCCCUUGCUUCUCGAUCUGUUUAUUUGUUCUUAUUUGAAUAUUAUUUUUAUCUUUAUUUUUUAUCAUACGUUUGCAUUGCAUUGUUGUUUUCCGUUUUCUUUUUCUUCCGGCGUUGUUUCUGCAUGUAUAAAGUGCAACAAGCGUCUCCCGCCAAGCAUUGCGAUUCUCUCGGUAUCUUCUGCUUGAUCAUAUUAUGAUUCUUUCAGAGUGGAAUUAGCAUGGUUUAGCGCGGGAAGGAUUUUUGAGCCAAACCGAAAUCACCCAGUCUGAAGGACAUACCACCUUCUACCUAAACUGCUUGUCUCUCCUGUUGCGACAUAUUGUUUACUUUAUCUAUCCCCCGUGCCGACGUGGACUCAUGGCCAUUAUGGUUACGCCUGGCACAUUUCAGCUGCUGUCGAUGUCUAUCCGUUCAUCCCGACGCUAUCCACGUCAGCUAUGUGGGAACAUAUACCCUGCUCUGAGACUCAGUACCUCGAUUAUGAGCCCCCGGAUGGAAACAUGCCAACACCGCUCUUUUAUGAUACUAAGUCGCCGUUCGACGCAGAGCCUAUUAGGUAUCAGAGAAUCAAAAUGCAUGGCAUCCUAUAGAAGCUCUCUUAAAUGGACCCAAAUCAGAUGGAACACGACAAAGAAGCCCGUUGAUCAAACAGAGGUGGUUUCAGCGGACGUGGAUAAAACGAAAAAGAAAUCCAAAAUACUCUCUCGACUCUCCAUUCCUUCCCAUGAAAACAUCUACACGGUUCCCAACAUCCUGACCUUUUCGCGUCUACUCGCCGCUCCUGUUGUGGGGUAUCUUCUUGUUCAUGGUUAUCAUGGGCCAGCUUUGUCUCUUCUUGCAUACGCUGGCAUCACUGAUCUCAUCGAUGGGCAUAUCGCCCGACGGUACAAUCUACAAACAGUUGUUGGGACCAUUAUCGAUCCAAUGGCCGAUAAGAUACUGAUGACUAUCAGUGUGGUCUGCCUGGCGUUGAAUGGAUCUCUCCCUCCAUGGCUAGCUAUAAUUAUUCUAGGUCGUGACGUUGGCUUGAUGCUGUCUGCAAUUUACUACCGUUGGAUAUCCCUUCCGCCACCAAAAACAAUGGCACGCUACUGGGAUUUUUCGCUUCCUUCUGCAGAAGUCAAGCCAACCGGAAUCUCCAAGAUUAACACAGCGUUACAGCUCCUGCUCGUGGGUUCCGCUAUGGCAUUACCAAUUAUUCCAGAGGCUGUAACGGCCGCUUGGAGUUUGCAAGAAGCAAUGACUGGAUUUCAGUAAGUGACUCUUCUAUUUCAUUUCCGUUUCCUUCAGGGUAUGUUCUUGGAGCACUGUUUUGCCGAAGUAGACUGUCAUUUUCAUCUCUAGAAAAGCCUUUGCAGUGACAACUCUGUCACGUACGACCACAGGGUGUGGAAAACAGGGCUUCCCGUCUGCUCAGCCGUACUUAAGCCACACGCCGGCCGGUUAGUAGUUGGGUGGGUGACCACCAGCGAAUCCCGGCUGUUGUACCUAGUCGCAACGACCACGAUCUGGUCCGGUCUCAGUUACGUCUUCUCAAAAGACGCAGUUAAGAUUUUGACAAAAAAGGAGGUGGAAGCUCGCAUUGCAAGGAAUCUCAAGCAGAAACAGCCAUGAACUACUUACACAGUGUUUAUCUCUUGGUUCUGUAUGUAUGUAUUUGUACAGAGAAUUAUAGAAAAGUUUGGGCA